UCCACCUACGCAAAAUUCGCAAAACAGAUGUGAAGAGCGGAAAUUCACUCAGUCCGCUACAGUUUCGCUUUUGUUUUUGCGGUGUCUUGAAAAUUUGGAGGACCGAGGAAGUCCAAUAUUCGACAUGGAGAGCGUUCAGAAUUUUACUGAAGCAGAAUUUUACGAGGCCACCUUCGACUCAAGGGCAUAUAUCGAUACUUUCUAUUCACAUCCUGGAGGCCACGAAGGUGAAAACUAUCUUUUAUUUGUUUUACAACAACUGAGUGGGACGUUUUGUUCAGGAAAAUACAAAGGCCAGAGACUCGUAGAAGUUGGAUCUGCCGCCUCGAUUCACUGCGUAAUCAGUGCCUGCGCGCACUUUGACCAAAUCAUCAUGUCAGAUUUCGCGGAAAGCAAUCGUCAGGAGCUCAGCCGAUGGCUCAGAAAGGAGCCUGGUUGUUUCGACUGGGGUCCAGUAAUUCGUCAGGUUGGUCAAAUGGAGAGUGGAAGAAACCCAGUGCAGGUUGAGGACCUCCUUCGUGCAAGAGUGAAAAGCGUGGUGAAGUGCGAUGUCCGCCUGGAAAACCCUUUCCACCCUUCGACACUAGAGCCGGCAGAUUGCGUGAUCACCUCUUUAUGUUUGGAAGCGGCUUGUAAGGAUUUGCCAUCCUACCGUGCAUCUCUGGGUAACGUCACAUCGGUCCUGAGACCAGGAGGGGCGCUGGUGAUUACUGGUGCGCUUGGGGAGACCUUUUACAUUGUUGCUGGGCAACGGUUCUCCUGUCUCCAUUUGACCAGCGACGAUGUCAAGAAGGCACUGGAGGAUCUACAGUUCUCCAUCGUGGAGUUUAACAUUUUGAAAUGGGACUCUGAGCAAGUGAAUCAUGUGUCAGAUUUUGACGCCAUGUUUUACUGUGUUGCUGUGAAGUCCAUUUGAAUAGGCUACUGGCUUGCUUGCAAAGUCAAGGCCAACACUUAAUGAGUGUCUAUACCAAAGAUGGGCAAUUCUGUGAGUUGCAGUCAUGGCCUGCUGAUGGUGGCGAUGACCAAAUGUGUCCCUCCUUAUCAUCAAAGCUCAUACCUGAUCUAUAACCUUCUUCUUCCUUUUCUUCUUCUAGUUCUUACAAGAAUGAACCUGGGCUGUGAAUGCUCUCUGCGGGACCUGUGUCUGUGUUUAGGCUACGUCAAGCAUUUGAGUGUACACAUCCCCAGUUAAAAGCCCAAUGUGUUAUUUCCCAAUGAGUUGUGUCUAUAUAAGCCAGAUCUUAAAUAAUGAUUCAAGAUAAAUACGUUUCAGUUUUACACUCAACUGGAGUUUGGUCCUCCGAAAAGGUCCUCUUCUCAAGCAACACACAUUUUGACCUCAGGGUGGAGCUGUAAGCCCACUUUUGGCAACUUGUUGGUAUGCAGUACUUUUGAAAAAAUCUCAUUAGUGGCUGCAUCAGUCAUUAGCAUGAGGUAACAUCAGCAAAUGCAAGAUUUUCAAUAAGGUAGACCAAGAUAAGUUGUAGGACGUGUCACCAAUGCAACAAAGUGGAAUCAAUUCGGGUCUUCCAAAUGGGGUGGCUUUCUAUUGAACUCCAUUCAUUCAGUCUCCUAAAGGGGCAUGGCUGCCAUAUGAUUGCAUUUUGGAGCCUUUAUCAAUUGUCUCUGAACAAGUUUAGGUUACUGGCCUAUUUGGCCCAGGCCCAGGUGGCCACAGAUGCAAAGGGACCAAGAAAUGCGGAACCCUCCCAUUAGGAUUGCCACCUACUGUAUGACAAACAAAAUGAAUCUGAAUGUUUUAACCUCA